AGGAGGCUCCUCUCGGCCCGGCUGUGGGGAUCUCGCGAGAGUUGUGUGUUCUGUGGUGCCCGGUCGGCGGGGCAGGAGGCGGGAGUGUUGGUGCUGUCCCGUGUAGCGAUCGGUGUCUUUAUCCGGUUGUGCGUGGAGUUCUCCGCCCUCCGAAACCAGGCGAGAAGCCUCUUAACCCGGUAGGAAGGGGAGAGCCGUGAGGGCUGGAGGUGCGAGGGAAGCGGGGCCUCUGUAGUGGCCGCACGGUGCGGCUCUGGGGGUCGCGCCGCGGGCUGUGGCCCUGCCGGGCUCCCCUGGCGCCGCUCUCAGCCCCUGGGCGUGUGAGGAGCGCGGCUCCCUCCCCUUGGAGGUCGGUGUGGACGGAGCUGCCCGGGCGUCCUGUCACUGAAUCCGCCUGUGGAGUGAUUCCCCUUAAAACAGCUUUGCCCUUAGCCUGGUGGGCACGGCUGUGGGGAGUCCGGUGCCGUCCUGAGCCUGAAGGGAGUCCUCUGGACUGCGAGUUGAAGGGGAGAAGGAAAAAAAGUUAAUCCAUGGCCAUGAUAGAUCCUCUGGAGAACAACUUGUUUGAUCUCCCCGAUUAUGAGAAUACAGAAGAUGAAACAUUUCCACCUCUCCCACCUCCUGCGUCUCCUGGAAGAGAUGAUGUUGAGUGGGCUCAAGCUAAUGGAGAUCCAGAUGGAAACCAGCAGUCAGAAACAAAGGAUUCUUCUGCAGCUGCACGGAAAGCAGUUAAAAGAUCAAUACCUAAACUAGAUGCUCACAGGUUAGUUUCAGAAAGAGGACUUCCUGCCUUAAGACACAUGUUUGACAACGUGAAGUUCAAGGGUAAAGGGCACGAGGCAGAGGAUCUGAAGACCCUUCUACGACACAUGGAACACUGGGCUCAUAGAUUAUUUCCAAAAUUGCAAUUUGAUGAUUUUAUUGACAGAGUAGAGUCUUUGGGAAACAAAAAGGAGGUUCAGACCUGCCUAAAACGAAUUCGACUUGAUCUUCCUAUUUUACAUGAAGAUUUUGCAGCUAAUGAAGGUGAUGGAGGUGGAAGCAAUGGGCUGGAUACGGCCACUGAAGAUGUACAUUCCUUCUCUGGGAAUGUAGGAGAACUUGAUUCUCUCCCGGGUACAACUCUCACUGAAGAGCAACAGCAGCGAAUCAAGAGGAACAGGCAGCUAGCCUUGGAACGUAGGCAAGCGAAGAUGCAGUGUAACAGCCAGUCCCAGCACGAUGAGCUCUCUCCUACUUACCCAGAAGAGGGGUUUAACAUCCCAGUUGCUCAGGAUCUGACCGAUGCCUUAGAAGACACUCAAGUUACUGCAACCAAUGUUGCUGUUGCAGAAACUGAAGACAGAGAGAGAGAACUGCAAUGUGCCAGUGAAAAGCAGUGACCAUUCCUCAUGCUUUGAAUGACUUCCUUAAUAGGACUCCAAUGCUUUAAGUACUACAGUUCGUAUUGAGAUGUUGCUGGCUCUUUCCAGUCCGACUCCAGGAGCUUCAGGAAAGCCUUAACUAUUACAUCUGUGUAGUUGGUCAAAACUGUUUUCUUGAAACUGCAGACGAAUUGCUCCCUACACUGGAAAGCAGAACACCGUUCUUCAUCUGCACUUGAGACUUUUUCUUUUGUCCCUUUACUGACAUUGUUUAGGAGAUGAGUUUUCUGGCCUACUCUGACAUCUUCCAGUUGAUGUCAAACUGAAUUUAACUGGGAUGUUGACUGGUUAAGUUUGUGUGCACAUCUUUAAUGGAAGAUAUAUAAUAGAGAAUGGUGCUACACUUGAACAGGCAUCCUGGAUAUAUUUUUUAACUUGCUUAUCAAGUACCUGUAUCUUUUUCUUAUAGAAUUGAAGCUAUUAAAUUUCAGAAGUCAAACAGAAAUGCUUGUAUGAGGCUGUUUAAACUCAGCUUCCCAGUUUGUGCAAGUCACGGACAAGUGCAUCGUGUUUUGGCUUUGAUUAAAUUAGCAGUCUCUCUUAA